AUAAUGACGUCACACAUUUGAAAUUGGUCAACAUGGCGGUAUAGCACUCUUCGCGUUAAUGUAAUCCAAGGCACAGCGGUAUCGAAAUGAAACUCUUUCCAACUCUGGAAUAGUGGUUACACACUUACUGAUUGUAACUAUUUCGGGUUAAUCAAGAGAAGUGCAGUUCAUAAGUUAUACAAUAUAAGAUUAGUACACACAAACACUUUGUCAUCCUGAAGAGGAAAAUACCUUCAAGUGCUACUAUUUUAGGUUUCGUUAUGAUCAAACCGGAAAUCAGACAGGAAGAGUAUCCAUGUACGUCCAUCUAAUCUGAGAGCACAUUAACAUUGCAUAUCUGCUGGAUUAUAACAGAUCAGACACUGCAGAGACACAAUACAUAUGUACCAUGUAACAGAAAGGGUUUCCUGUCAAAGCUUUCAGGUUGCAUUUUGGUUAUUUUCAGAGCAUAUCACCCUGAAGUGGAAAUAUCCAACCUAAAGUGCUGCAGGAUUUUACUACUUGUGAGUUUACCUCCUUCAGAGGGGCUUGACUAUAGACAACAUGGCGGGGAAGACAUUAGAUGACAUAUUCAAUGAUGUCCUGAAACAGGACACUACGUCCAAAUUUCAGGCUUCAGAGGAUUUGCAGAACUAUCUCCAGGACAAUAAGAAUUCUCUUCACUGUGAUAAUAUGGACAGAUUAGUGGAUGCCCUAGCAGGAUGGGUGAAUAGUAGUAAUUUCAAGAUAUCUCUCUGUGGUCUUGAGUGUUUAUCAUUACUUGUUGAUAGAAUGGGAGAAAAAUUCAAGAGUCAUAUAGGAACAGUUUUACCAGCAGCAGUUGACAGAUUGGGAGAUAGCAAGGAACAGGUUCGAGAACAAUCUCAAGGUCUCAUUCAAAAGCUGAUGUCACCCGCUUCUUCACCACAGUUUGUAUUUGAGAGGCUGAUGAAAGCAUUUUCGCACAAAGGUUGGCGUGUUCGAGAGGAAGUUCUACUAUGUUUAAUGCAGGCUAUAAAUGUAUUUGGUGCAAGUUCUCUACUAUUAAACAAAAUUGUUCCAUCAAUAUGCAAACUUCUUGGGGAUCCUAACAGUCAAGUAAGAGAUACAGCAAUCAACACACUAGUUGAGAUCUACAGGCAUGUAGGAGAGAAGGUUAGGAUAGACCUGGGUAAAAAGGGCAUUCCUUCAUCAAGGUUAUCUAUUAUUUAUGCCAAGUUUGAUGAUGUGAAACGGUCCGGACAAAUGGUGGUGCAGUCUGAACAAAGUGCUCCUGCUAAAACAUCAGCAUCGCAAGAUGAGACUGACAGUAAGCCUUCAAAAAAAUCGCGGCAUUCUAAAAUCGACACCUCUACAUCAUCAUGGAACGCAAAAGCCAAAAGUGCUGUUGCGAAGAAGGUGGCUAUGAGGGCCGCAGCUGAGGCUGCUGUUCAAAAGACUGCUCCUGCAAAGAGACCUGCUGCAUCCACAACACAACGAAAGUCCAUUAGUAGACCAUCAACAGGUUCCAGCAGUGGUGCAGUAGAUGAGAAUUUCUUCCAAGCUGCCUAUGAAGAUGUCCCUAGUGUUUCAAUAUUCACAACAAAACAGCUGGAGGAUGAUCUUAGUAAGAUGUCUACCAUUCUAAGUAAUGAUAAAGCAGAUUGGGAACUUCGAGUGACAGCAUUGAAGAAAUUACGAGCAUUCAUCAUAGCCGGUGCAGCAGAAUAUGAUUGCUUUGGGCAAUCACUAAGGCAGAUGGAAGAAGCCCUUAUUUUGUCAGUCAAAGAUCUAAGGUCACAGGUCUUACGAGAAGCUUGUGUCACAUUAGCGUUUUUAUCAAUUCGUCUGAAGCGGCAGUUUGACCAUGCUGCAGAGGUUGUCCUUCCCCAUUUAUUUAUUCUCAUUCAGAAUAGUGCAAAGGUCAUGGCCACAUCAAGCAUGGUUGCAAUAGACGUUAUCAUUAGGCAUACACAUUCACCUAGGCUUAUACCCAUUAUGAAAAGCAAUGCAACUUCUAAGUCAACUGCCAUUAGGAAGCAAACGUUUACAUACAUAAGCACGGUAUUGAAUGUAUGGGACACACAUGCAAUGGAGAGGCAUGCUAGCCUUCUCUGUGAGGUCAUUCACAAGGGUAUUGAGGAUGCAGAUUCAGAAGCUAGGGCUGUCUCAAGAAAAGCAUUCUGGAAGUUCUCAGAGCACUUCAAGAGCCAUGCAGACAAGAUGUUUAACAACCUUGAUGCCUCCAAGCAGAAGAUGCUACAAGGAGAGCUGAGCCAGGCAUCCAGCUGUACCUCCCUUGAUGGCAGGCCGCUUUCACGAUCAUCCACAGCCAGUUCACAUGAAAACCUAAGGUUGGCUAGGGACUACAACACAGUGACUGCCAGUCUGCCAAGGAGAUCAGUUGCAUCGAGAGCAAGUCGCACUUCAGAUUCUUCGGACAAGCCCGCCCUCUUGAACCAACGUUCCAGCAGUGAGAUCAACUUGGCGGCUGCGUCAAGGGCCCGAUCACGGUACUCGUCGGCAGGUCAGAGGGCAGCCAGUGGGGCGGCAGCACGUAUUUCUAGAUCUAAAUCAACUUCUCGGGAGAGCUUGGCAAACGACCUAAUUUGUGGAACGAACAGUCGAGUAGCUUCCACUCCAUUGUCACCAAGACUUCAAGCCAAGCGAAGGAAACGAGGUCUGAAUUCAACCUGUCGUAUCUCCAUAUUUUUCACACCUAGUCUCAGUCUGUGUAAUUGGUCUUUAUUAUGAUUUUCUAGAUGUGCAGCUUCCCAUUUUAUUUUGGUUGAUCAUGUACUUUUGAUUUCG